AUGGGGAGAGGAAAGAUUGAGAUAAAGAAGAUCGAAGAUGUGCACCGUCUUCAAGCCUGUUUCACCAACAGAUGUAAAGGGAUGAUGAAGAAGGCGAACGAGCUUGCCGUUCUCUGCGACGUUGACGUCGCUCUCAUCGCCUUCUCCAGAACUGGCGAGCUUUACGAUUUCUUUAGCGGCAGUGUGGAGCAAAUCCUCUCUAGAUAUGGGUACAGAGCUGAUCAUAGGCAAAGAGAUACUUCUCAAGGAAAUGGUGAUGUGUUGCUGGAAGAUGAAUCUGUGACUAGUGAACUUAAGAGAUUACAGCUUGCAAUUGAGAGACUGAAGGGUAAGAAGCUUGAGGGUAUGAGUUUCUCGGAUCUUUCUUCUCUUGAAAGCCAGUUGAAUGCUAGCUUGCUUAGUAUCAAAGAUCAAAAGGUGAAGACGACACAAAGAACCAUUUUUUAUUCAAAAGAUUUGAAAGAUGAUUCUCUGACUUGCAAAAUAGAGUCAAUGUUGGGGAGAGAUUCAUCAGGACCAAAAGUCUCUAGCCUACUACAAGCAGAGCCCGAGAGCUCUUCAUCAGAUGAUAACGAGAAUGACAACGAGGAGCACCAUUUCGACACUUCCUUGCGGCUGGGCUGGGGAAAGAAAUAG